AUGACACUUACAUUCUACUGCACACACCUAUGCGCGUACACAAUAAUCAGUCAAUUGCCACCUUAUUGUACAAGGCGACCUCAGAACAGGUCUGGGGUUGCCAUUUCGGGGGUCGAGGCACGCUACGAGCCAGUCCAACACCCAGAAGACGCUCAUGCUCCCCCACAAAUCGAGCGUCUCUGGCGAUCACGAGACAACAGGAAAGGCCGACAUGCCAUUCGCAUCGAUACAGAGGCCUUACCACAUGAAACGGGAUUGAAAGCACCACCACUGACGCAGUCCGUCUCAGCAGUAGCCAAGAUCUUUCUCUGGAUGGUGACCUACGUCCCGUAUUGGGACGUAUCAUAUCUAGUCGCCAUGAGCUUCACUAUCGGGUCAGCGAUCUUCAUCGUCAAUGGGUUCUUCGUGUGGUUACCUCAUGAUAGGAUCUAUGAUCCAGUGGUAUGA